ACAUCUUUUGGGGCUUCCACAGAGCGAGAGGCUCCGAAGCGACGGGAAACUGCACAGGCCGCUGCUGCGGGGCUCGCGCACCGGCGAUGGCUGCCGUCUCCGCCCCCGUCCCCGUCCCCGCCCCCUCCUCCACCUUCAACCUAGGCGGUCUCUGCUCCGAUCCGCCACCGCCGCUCCGCCCCUCGGGUGAACAGCUAAAGUACUGCUCCGAAGCACUAGAUUUCUUCAAGGAGAAGCUCAGAACCCCUACUAGGAUCGCCCAGGAGUUCCACCGUCUCCAGGAGAUGAGGCCAACGAUGGAUGAGAUUGUGAGAAAGUGUUCCGUGGCUCUGCGAGAUGCAAACUUGGAUAAAAAUCGCUACACAGAUAUUCUCCCAUUUGACAAUAACAGGAUCGUUCUCAAUUCAACAAGGGACAGCACCUCCUUGAGGAACAAUUAUAUCAAUGCGAGUCUUAUUGGGCUAGCAUCUGGUGAAAAAGUCUCGCAGUUUAUUGCUACACAAGGUCCACUCCCUGAGACCUUUGAAGAUUUUUGGGAGAUGGUAUUUGAAUAUCGUUGUCCUGCAAUCGUGAUGCUAACACGUGUUGAUAAUCACAGGAUGAUGAGGAAAUGUGCUAAUUAUUUUCAAGCACAAAAUGGGCUCAGAGAAUUUGGAAAAAUCAGUAUUGAGACGAAAUAUACGAGAACAUCUGAUUCUUCAUUAGUGCUGCGCUGCUUGGAAGUGAAACACAAAGAGUUGGUGAAACCAGCCCUUUCGGUUCUCCAUAUCCAGUACCCUGAAUGGCCUGAUCAUGGGGUGCCUGAGGUUACUGCAUCAGUUCGGGAAAUUUUUGAAAUGACACAUCAUUUACCACCAGAAAUUGGCCCCAUUGUUGUGCAUUGCAGUGCAGGUAUUGGGAGAACUGGUACGUAUUGUACCAUUCACAACACACUGCAAAGGGUUCUCAUUGAUGAUAUGUCUUCUUUAGAUCUUAAGAAAACUAUUUCUGAGUUCAGAUCACAACGGCUAGGGAUGGUUCAGACAAUGGAACAAUAUUUCUUUUGCUAUGAUGCAAUCGUGGAUGAACUAGAAGAACUCCUCUCCAGGUCCGCACACUAGAAGCUCUAGAAGGUACCUCUGCAUAUUAUGCAUCUACUAAUGCUGAUUGAGUACUUAACAGGACAUUAUGAAUCAAACAAGAGUGGUAAAGAAAAAUGUGAUGACUCUAUCUUCUGCUUCAUGUGUUCUAAGAGCCUGUUUCUCAUCAAGACCGCCGAGGAUACUACAAUUCUUGUGAUAACAACUUGGUAUAUUCUUUGUUUCGUGUUUUGUAUCAGACUGCACAUAGGAUAUUAAUCCUAGAAGUCCAGCAUAAGUUUGCGGAUCCAACACCAACAAUUUCGGCCUAAAGGAUUUAUGCAUGCCUUGUUUACAGUCCAUCAGCACGUUGUCGAAGCAAAGAAAUCGUCAUGAUGAUGAGAUUACAGUCAGAAAUCCUGUUGAUGCUUUAGAUUUCCUAAAGCCAGUUGUUUCUGUGUUGUUGCAUGUCUCAUCUAAUUGAUUCUUUGUAGUUGACUUCUUAUGUUAUAGUCUACACAUUGCUUCCACAUGUAUGAGACAUUUGAAACAUGAGAUUUUUGGACAUUAAAGAUCAUUAACUAUUCAGGAUAUCAAAUUAUUACCGAUUGACUUA